CACACAGGGAUGACAUCUAACCCGGGUAAAAGCCAAGUCAUUGUAAAUUUAGACUGAAUCCAGGUAGGAAGUGUCACACUGGCUCCAUUGAUUUGGAUGAUACCGCCUACACUGAGAUCCGGACCGAUGAGUGUCUCUGCACUCCCUGCGUGAGAACUUUGAUCAGACUUUCAUUGCGGCUUUUAUUUUGGCAGCCGAAAUCGGUUCGUGGAGCGGGGUUGCAUUUUAACAACCAAUUUUUUAUGCACUGUGUGUUUUCAUUCUUUCAAAUAUGGACCGACCCAGCCUUCGGAGGUUGUUUUCCGCCUGUGAUGUGAACAAAUCUGGGAAUAUCGAGUACGAGGACUUCACCGUUGUCUGCCGCGAGCUCAACGUCCCCGAAACUGAGAUCCGAACUCUGUUUAACAAGUUCGACGCGGAUGAGGACGGAUACAUUGACUACAGCAUGUUUUUCUCCCGGUUUCAGGAGGUUUCAGAGACUCUGGACUUGGCGUCUUUUGGUGCAGGAUUGUCCCAAAACCAAGGCUGUCCGUGGGAAGAGUUUAUCGGCAGGAUAGAUGCGGCGGCUCUCCUCUCUGAGAGUCUCAGGGAGCAGCUGGCUGAUCUUUACCAGGCUAUUCACUCCUCUGCAAACAUGACUCUGCUGCAGCAGUAUGAGGAAAUCAUCCACUCUCUCAUCAGUCAAACCCUGGAGAACAGAUUGGAGUGUGAGCAGCUGGAGACCAGCAUAAAGCGAGCUGAGGAGAUGAACAACAGUCAGCUGACGCAGCUGGAGGACGAUAUACAGCGGCAGCUUGCCAGCGCAGAGGAGAGGGUGAGAGACGAGGAGCGUAAGAAAAUGGAGGAAGUUACGGCAACGAUGCAGAGGAAGCAUGAGAAUGUUGUCACAGACCUGCGUGCAGCUGUGGACAGACUCUUAAAGAGCCGAGAGGACUCUGACUUCAGCCACUCAAAGGAGGAGGUGACCAGACUGAACCAGCAGAUCAGUGAUCUCUCACAGGAAAAUGAGGAGCUGCGGACGUCUCUGCUACAAGCCCAGACGGACAUCGCCAUCCUGCACUCAGAGCUGGACAAGCUGAAGAACAUGUACGCAGACCAGAGAGCUCAACAUGAAAGAGAAACAGAGGAGCUGAAGAGGAUGGUUAUGGAAUACCAGUCAUAUUCCAACCAGAUCCAGAUUCUCCAGGAAACGAACAAGAAGCUGUAUGACAGUAAUGACGGGCUGCGCUCUGCGUUAGCCAGUGAAGCCGUCGCAGCCAAAAGAAGGCUGUCUCCCCAAAAUGAAAUCCCGGCUCGACGGAUGAAGCCCCUCCGGCAGAGUACACUCAACCGUGGCAGCUCGGAGCCAGAUCCCCGCAAAAUGAUCUACUCUCAUGUGGCCACCUGGGCUGAUAAGUACCUGGACAGCGGAGUGUCGCUGCCCAUGGACACAGCCGAGAGCUCAGGCAGUGAUUACGACAGCGACGACAGCAGGGAAUCAGUGGAGACCGUGCACCACAGUUACUCUUAUGUCCCGUCUGAUGUGGAGAUAUCAGAGGUGAAAUCUGAAGCCACAGUAUCGAUGGCUCCCAGCAAAGCGAGCUCUAUUGCAUCAUCCCUACGAAGACGUUUAUCUGCAUUUUCCACAAAGCCUUUAGAAGCAGACAUGAAUCAGUCAGAGGAACCUGCUCCGAUGUACCGUCUGGUUUUAGCCGGAGACGCAGGAUCUGGAAAGUCCAGCUUCCUGCUGAGAUUGACACUCAACGAGUUCAGGGGAGACAUCCAGACGACGCUGGGAGUUGACUUCCAAAUAAAGAAGAUGCUGGUGGAUGGAGAGACGACAAGCCUGCAGAUAUGGGACACAGCUGGGCAGGAGAGGUUUCGCAGUAUUGCCAGGUCUUAUUUCCGUAAAGCUCACGGAGUCCUGCUUCUCUACGAUGUCACUUCAGAAAGCAGCUUCCUUAAUGUCAGAGCGUGGGUGGAUCAGAUUCAGGAUUCAACAGAGGAGAAAAUCCCCAUGUGUGUUAUUGGAAACAAGGUGGACCUCCGCGAGCAGCUUCCAGAGCGGAGCUGUGUGAGCAGUUUGCACGGAGAGAAGUUGGCCAAGGCAUACGGUGCCUUGUUCUGCGAAACGAGUGCCAAAGAGGGAACCAACGUCGUGGAGACUGUGCUUCAUCUAGCGAGAGAAGUAAAGAAAAAUGUCAAACUAAGGCGUCAGUCAGACUCUCAGGUCAAACUGAGUCAAUCCAACACGAAGAAGACUCUUAACGCCUGCUGUGGACUGUAGAUGCUUGGUAUCAGACACCGCGGGGCGAUCAAGUGAUUUCUAUUUUGCAAUGAAGAACAUAACUUUCUUACAUAUUUUAACCUGUCGAAUAUUUAACUCUCAGAUCAAAAUUGCACAUAUAUUGCAUGUAAUAUUAUCAUGCUUGUAUUUGUCUUAGAUUUUGUAUUUUUUUAUUAACGCCUUGACUUAGAUUAAAGUUAGUUUUUAGUUGUCAGACAAAAACAAUAGUCUUUUUAAAUGAAUGCACUUUUUGAACGUUUUUAUUAAGCAUCAGUUUAAGCAAUAUGACAUCGUAGUUUCAAAGCUUUCAGUUAUUGGAGCACUGAUAAUCCCUGUAUCAUUAGUUCUUUUUAUUUUUCAAUUGAGAAUUCAAAAUUGGAAUAUGAAAAAAAUGGGCCAGAUUUUAUUAAUUUGUCCCCAAAAGUUAACUUUUGUGUGUUUUUUGAUGCAGUGUUUAGGAGACUAAACACCACAAAAGAUAAAAUGUAAUGCCUUAACUUAAUCAUACAGUUAGCUGGCAGACAAAUAGCAAACAUUUCAGUGGCUUACUCAGUUUGCAAAUAGCCUGUUUGGGAUGGGGACAGUGGUUAGCUAGCUAGCUACCGCAUGUAGCUCACUGUAGAUUGCAAAGGCUGCAACAGUUUGUCACUUAUGAUGCAGCAUAGAUUCAUAUAAUUGCAAGAAAAUGAUUCCACUUUACUGAACACAUACAAUGGUAAUUUAUGACACAGCAUGGACUGUUAUAUCACACCAUGAGUCCUUACUACAGUUGAUUGUUGAUGUGUGAAUAAGUGAGUAUAAAUGUUCAUAAUACAUUAUAAGCCCCAGCAUUCAACCUAGUUUAGUCAAGAGCAUCCAUAAGACACUUUCCACUUAUUAAUCAUUAUAUGUCAAAUCUAUAAUGGUUUAUGACUGUUGAUAUCGAUAUAGUG